AUGGCUCUCCAAGCUGCUUCUCUUGUUCCUGCUUCUUUCUCUGUCCCUAAAGAGGGAAAGAAUGGUGUGUCUCUCAAGGACUCCACACUGUUCGGUCUUUCAUUGUCAGAACCUAUCAAAGCUGACUUCAGCUCCUCUGCAUUGAGGUGCAAGAGGGAAUUCCAGCAAAAAAUCGGUGCUGUGAGGGCGGAGACAGUGGCUACAGCCUCUCCAGCAGUCACAAAGUCUGCACCAGAAGGCAAGAAAACAUUGAGGAAGGGUAGUGUUGUGAUAACUGGAGCUUCCUCUGGAUUAGGCCUGGCCACUGCUAAGGCUUUGGCUGAGACAGGGAAAUGGCAUAUAAUAAUGGCCUGCAGGGAUUACCUCAAAGCUGCAAGAGCUGCAAAAUCUGCUGGCAUGGCCAAGGAAAACUACACCAUCAUGCACUUGGACCUUGCCUCUCUUGACAGUGUCCGCCAAUUUGUUGAUAACUUCAGAAGAUCACAAAUGCCACUAGAUGUGUUGGUUUGCAAUGCUGCGGUUUACUUGCCAACUGCUAAGGAACCUACAUUCACUGCUGAAGGAUUUGAACUUAGUGUUGGAACAAACCAUCUAGGACAUUUCCUCCUUGCACGCCUAUUGCUUGAGGACUUGAAAAAUUCUGAUUACCCUUCAAAGCGCUUGAUCAUUGUUGGUUCAAUCACUGGGAACACAAACACAUUGGCUGGUAAUGUACCUCCUAAGGCUAACCUUGGUGACUUGAGAGGACUUCAGGGUGGUUUGAAUGGGCUAAACAGUUCAGCCAUGAUUGAUGGUGGAGACUUUGAUGGUGCCAAGGCAUACAAGGACAGCAAAGUCUGUAAUAUGCUCACAAUGCAGGAAUUCCACAGACGAUACCACGAGGAAACUGGAAUCACGUUCUCAUCACUCUACCCCGGCUGCAUUGCCACAACAGGCUUGUUCAGAGAGCACAUUCCCUUGUUCAGAACUCUAUUCCCUCCAUUCCAGAAGUACAUAACCAAAGGUUUUGUCUCAGAAGAUGAAGCAGGGAAGAGACUUGCUCAGGUUGUGAGUGAUCCAAGCCUUACAAAAUCUGGUGUAUACUGGAGCUGGAAUAAAACAUCUGCUUCAUUUGAGAACCAGUUAUCACAGGAGGCUAGUGAUGCUGAGAAGGCUCGUAAGGUGUGGGAUAUUAGUGAGAAACUCGUUGGUUUGGCCUAA